AUGAAGAAAGCUUAUUCUAAAGAUGCUGUUGGUGAGUUUGAAUAUGGAUCCGGGCAUGUGGAUCCAGUACGAGCUUGUGAUCCUGGGUUGGUUUAUGACAUAUCCAAGGAAAACUACGUGGAAAUGUUGUGCAAUUUUGGCUAUAACACCUCUAUGAUUGGGCAGAUUUCUGGAGAUAAUAGCAGCACUUGUCCCAGAUCUUCUCAUAGAGACUCGGUCAAAAAUCUGAAUUAUCCUCUACUUGGAGUUAAUCUUAAGCCUUUCACACCAUUCAAGGUUGAAUUCAUAAGGAUAGUGACAAAUGUUGGAUUUGCCAAUUCAACCUACAAAGCAAGUAUUUCACCAGCAAGUUACAGGUUAAAUAUUACAGUAAACCCUAAAGUUCUUUCCUUCAAAUCAUUGAAUGAGAAGAAGUCUUUUGUUGUUAGUAUCACUGGCAAAGGCUUCAUAAAUGAAACCGCACGCUCCUUCUCAUUGACAUGGUCAGACGGCACCCACAAGGUGAGAAGUCCAAUUGUUGUGAUGGCCUAUGAAGAGCUUUCUUCACUUUGA